AUAUGAUUAUAUAGCGGAUUAGCAUACUCCACCCACGCAGCCCCUCCCCACCGCUUUAAAGGGACUGAUUUGGUUCAAACCAAUACACAAGACCAUCACCGUGGGUGACGACGAUAGGACCUGGGCCGACCCUCGCUCAGUCAUUGAAUCAUCAUCAUCAUCAACAGCACUAUCAUCAACAACAACGCCAUCAGCAACACCAUCGUUAUCAAGGGAAAGGCGAACACGCAUCCCACGUGUUGCCUCCAUUCCCACGUCAGCUAACCUACAGGACAGCCUAUUCCGUUAAUGACACAGGUGAACACUGUAACAGUCAAUCUUUUUUAAAUACAUUUAUUUGAACGAGGGUACAGUACGAGACUUAUCCAGUUGAGCAUUUGCAAUCGGCAGUCUCCCUCCCUCACCUUAAUUGCUUACAACUCCGAGCGCAGCCGCGCAGAGAAGAAAAGGAGGCUCAAGAGAUCCAUCCUCUGACGAUGCAGCUGAUGAUGAUGAUGCUGCUGCGGCUGAUGAUGAUGAUGGUUCCGCUGGUGCCAUCUCCGAGCGAAGCAGCUCGCUCCUGGUCGCGUGUAGGAGGUGGUGGCGGCGGCGGUGGUGGUCGUGGUCGUGUCGUGGUGCAGGCGAGGCUGCCUUCAUCAUCAUCCUCAUCAUCCUCCUCGUCAUCAGCCUCCGGUUGUGCCGGGCGCUGGGUCCCGCGCUGUUGCCCCGAUCGGGACCCCGACUGCUUUGGCUACGGGAAACGCGGGGGUCGCUGCUACUGCGACGCGGCGUGCGCAGCCACUGGGGACUGCUGCGAGGACUAUCGUCGCGUGUGCAACAUCGCGGCCACAGACUGCGCGGUGCUGGGCUGGGGCGCCUGGUCCCCUUGCAGCAGCGCGUGCGGCGUGGGCAGCCGGGAACGCAUUCGCCAGGUGACGGUGCCUCCGCACAACGGUGGAGCCAAGUGUCCCCACCUGCGCCAGCGCCAGGGCUGCUACAGCCACUCGCUCCAGCUGUGCCAGGGCAUACGAGAAGUGGCCCAGCUGCUGCCAAAUUACUACACACGGAGCACAAACGACCCCUGGAAGAGGCCCCACAUGAUGAAAAAUGAGCCCGCGACCAGCUCGUGCGUGUUCUUCCGCGUGGACGACGCGUCGUCGCCCUGUGCCAGCCGGAGCGCCGUGGCUCCGUGGCUCCGUCUCCUGCAGGCCGGGCGCAGGGUGUGCGUCGAGUGCCAGGGCGAGGCGGUCCGGCGGGGCGAGGGCCGCUGCUCGGGGGACGGCGUGCAGGGCACCAGGACGUUCUGGGCGGCCGUGUCGGUGCCCGGCUGCCGGGGUUCGUGGCUGCGCGAGCGACACCACAACGACUGCCACUGCCCCCCACACUCCUCGCUGCUCUUCGUAUAGCGGCGACGCACGCACGCACGCACGCGGAGUUCACCACCCUCAUAGGAAUCCGUGACGAAAAUAUUUGCCGGCGAAGUAUGCUUUUUUUUUAUUGUUUGUUUUACAAAUGUAUUUUCCGUUCGCUGGUGGCUGCAAGCGGCCGAAAAUCAUCAAGCGUGUGACGAUGAACUCCGACUGUCCGAUGAACAGCAAAGCUUGACCUGACUUGCGACGAGACGGAAUUAGCUCGUUUUAUUGAAGAAAAAUACUGGGAUGUGUUCGAGACUGUAAAUGCAUGGAGGAAGACCAACAAUGUUGAUUUGUUAUGCAAGUAGAAAACCACGAAUGGAGUUCACUGAUUGGCUGACAUGAUACUGAGGUGGGGGGGGGUGCAAAAUUCUUGCAUCGCUCACCAACGCAAUUAAGUGUGAACUCAAAUGUCUGACUUCUGGAGUUAAAGUUGACGGGACUGAGAGAAUGACUCCGAAAUCCACAGACUAGGACUGGACUCGGGACCCCGCAGGAUGUCGUUGACGAGACGGAGGCUGUGGCCGAAAUAAAAACUGCCGCUUGAAUUAAGCUACGGGGCUCUG